ACUUGACCCGCUUCCCGAAAACAAGUUAAAAGGAAAUAUGACGGAAGCCGAGCGCAAAGCCGCUUGGGAUGACUAUGCAAAUAAGCAACGCCAUCGUGGCACCGCCACGGACUUGGAGAAGCAGCAGCCUGCGUCCAAGAUCGUGCCCGGCGAAAACAACAACGACCCUGUCAAAGUGAUUAUGGAUGUUAUUCCCAGCCCUCCUGCGGUCCUGUCCGAAGUUUAACAAGUCCCUCUCUCCUCGACUCGCCUGAAAUUAUUUACUGCCUCCCGCCCCACUUCCCUUUAUACAUUUUUAGUCCUUACUACCCUACUACUUAUGCAGCUACUACUUACUACACUGAGGCCCCAAAGUACUACACCACCAAAGCAGCAGAGUACUAUACAACUGCUUCCUACUACACCACUAAGGCGCCAGAAUACUACACCACUAAGGCGCCAGAAUACUACACCUCAUCUGCGGCACCUUACUACAGCACUACGACCUACGCUGCUCCCAGCUACUACACCGAAGCUUGCACAGCCAAUCAGUCGAUUUGGUCGUCUUGGUUCCGCCGUCGUCGCCGCAAAUCAACCCCGUCAGUCCCGUGGCCGUCGAGGGACAGCCCACCGAAUUGGUUUACUCCAGCGCCGGCGGCAGUCCCGAUCCCGUUUUAAGGUGGUACCGGAAGGGCGAAGCCAACCCGUUGGAACCCGAUCCGGUCGAUUCAUCGCCACAAGUUUCAACCACACGCUCAGAUCCGUCAGCCUGGAAGACGACGGCCUCUACGUUUGCUUGGCCGACAACGGACUGGGUCAAGUCGGUGAGGCGGAAUUGCAGCUGGACGUUCUCCAUCCGCCCAUGGUGACCAUCGCCGACUCGCGCAAGGAAGUCGACAUCGGGUCCAGCGUCUCGAUCCCCUGCAACGUCUCGGCUAAACCGGCCCCGACUUCCAUCGAGUGGCUCAAGGAGGGCGACGCCCAGUUUAGAUCCAACGGACCCAUUUUGCGACUCAACCGCGUGGCAGCCGCCUAA